GCCUGACAGGAUGACACCGACUCUCUCUCUCCACCACAGACAUCAUUAAUGUUUCAGCAGUUGAUCGAAAAUUAACUCCACGCUGUGUGCUGUGUGUUUGUGUGUGUGUGUGUGUCUCUCUCUCUCAGUGCCUCAAUGCUCUGACUCUGAAACUGACGAUUCUCCCGUGGAGCUGAGGCAUGACGAUUGCAGCGGCAGCUGUUGUAGUUCCGUUGGGUGUUUUCUUCUUUAUCUCAGGUCUCGUCAUCAAUCUCAUUCAGGCAAUUUGCUUCGUACUUGUACGGACAUUUUCAAAGAAUACAUACAGAAGGAUUAAUCGAGUGUUGGCGGAGUUGUUGUGGCUGGAACUCAUAUGGCUCGUUGAUUGGUGGGCAAGUGUUAAGAUUCAACUGUACACAGAUUCGGAAACCUUUAGAUUUCUGGGUAAAGAACAUGCGCUUGUCAUAUCUAAUCACAGAAGUGACAUUGACUGGCUUGUUGGAUGGAUUUUGGCUCAGCGAUCAGGUUGCCUUGGCAGCACAGUAGCUGUAAUGAAGAAAUCAUCAAAACUCCUUCCUGUUAUAGGUUGGUCAAUGUGGUUUUCUGAGUACCUCUUCCUUGAAAGAAACUGGGCCAAGGAUGAAAUCACGUUGAAGUCAAGUUUUCAGCGGCUAGGGGAUUUCCCUCAUGCCUUCUGGUUGGCACUUUUUGUCGAGGGGACACGGUUUACACAGGCAAAGCUCUUAGCAGCUCAAGAAUAUGCCACCUCAGCAGGAUUGCCUGUUCCUAGGAAUGUUUUGAUUCCACGUACAAAGGGCUUUGUUACAGCAGUAAGUCAUAUGCGCACGUUUGUUCCAGCCAUUUAUGAUGUAACAGUGGCUAUUCCCAAAAGUUCGCCUGCACCCACGAUGCUAAGACUCUUUAAGGGGCAAUCUUCUGUGGUGCAUGUGCACCUUCAGCGACAUUUGAUGAAGGAUUUGCCCGAAACCGAUGAUGCUGUUGCUCAAUGGUGUCGUGAUAUCUUUGUGGCCAAGGAUAAGUUAUUGGACAAGCAUUUAGUCGAGAAUACUUUUGGUGAUGAAAAACUACAAGACACCGGGCGGCCAGUAAAGUCCCUUGUGGUUGUCCUCUCUUGGGCAUGUCUAAUUACCUUUGGGGCAUUAAAAUUUUUCAUGUGGUCUUCACUUCUGUCCUCGGGGAAGGGUCUCACAAUCUCAGCAAUCGUCUUGGCCGUUGUUACCUUCCUGAUGCACAUUUUGAUUCAGUUCUCUCAGUCAGAGCGCUCAACCCCAGCCAAGGUCACCCCGGCGAAGUGCAAGAAUGGGGGAGAGCUUUCAGGAACAGGACAAGAUAAACAGUAGUAAAUCACAGUUUUUUUCUCCAGAUCUUUGAUAGAGUUGGCCACUCACCGAAGCUUCCAUUUUGAAAGUAAUAAGUGCCACCACUACCUGAACUCUCCAUUUAAAGCUUGUAAUUUGGUGUAUAAACUAGUUUGUGCUCGAUUUUUGUACAAACAUAUAAAUUGUAUGCAUAUCAAUUUAUUAAAUGCUGUCUAAUUAGGUUACUUCUGCAUUCCUUUUGUAUGAAUGCUUGGAUUCAAGUAUAUAUAAAUGAGAGG